AUGGGUGGCAAAGAGAACGAAAAAGAAGAGUUCUCGCCCGAAAUCAAUUUACUUGAUCCAAACAAGCCAUAUUUCUACUCUGAAGACGAACAAAUUACCGGUGUUUCAGUAAAACCACCUUAUCCUCCUGAGAUAAAAGCUGGUGAUUUAGUCAGGGAUUUGUUAUCAAAGUAUGAAACGAAAUCACCCAAGAUGUUGAAUGAAUUUUUUAUUUAUCGAAAGGCGUUUGUUCAAGCAUUUAAAAAACAAAAACUUAAGCCAAAGAUGACUCAAGUUUCUUCAUUGGCGUCUACAUCCUGGCAUAGUGAAUCAACAGAUGUAAAAAAUGCAUAUAGAAAAAUUGCUCGUGAAGCCGAGCAAUUAUAUAUUAAUGAAAGGAAAAAAAGACAGCAGUCAAAAACAACCGAUAAAAUGCAAACAUCAGAUUCUGAAGUAACGUCUACCCCAAUUUCAUCCGGAUCAAAUUACCCAGUCGUUUCUAAUCCUUCACAUAGAACAGUUGUCAGUGUUCAACCUGGAUCAUUCAUCAGCAUUAAAUCGCCCACUCAUACGAACCUACAAUUUUUAGACACUAACGCAUCAUCGGCUUUCAAUGGUUCUUAUGAACAAACUUGCCCUACUUCAUUCGAAGAUGCAACUGAUUAUUAUUCAGAGCUCACAACAGAGCCAAUGUAUACACAAGAUCAACAACCUAUAAUGCAUCAUGGAACUUCAAUUCAAACUACCAACGCAAAUUUUAACUUGCGAUAUCAAUCGAUAUAUUCAGGGAAUCCCUUACCAACUGAAGGUUAUUACACUUUUAAUACAAAGAAUACUUCGUAUAAUUCUAAUACAUCUGGGACACAAUAUCCAUACUCUCAAACAUCUACCCAGUCUUUAAGUUCGCAUAAUAUGUUAGAUUAUAGUAACGGAGGUGGACCUCUCGGGCGGCCGCCUGUUAAUGAAAACAAAUAG